ACUCACGCGUGAAACCUAAAAAGGGGAAUCUUCUCUUCACUACGUGCUGUUGCUAUUUAAACUUGAUUAUGUCAAAUGCAGUACCUUCUCUGCACACUAAAAAUAAUCGUUUUUGCUGCUGCACGUUCACCUUGCACGCAUUACUAGCUUUUGCAGUACACAGAUGUGGAGGGUCUCGAAGCAAACGUUUCGUCGGAAGUCGCGGCCCAAGAAAGCGGAGACUUGGGAAUCCAGGAGAGUGACGUCCGAGGAGCAGUGAUCGCGGACAAGGGCGAGGGCGCCGUCCUGACCUCGUGGACGGCGGAGGACCUGGGCCAAAAGGGAGACAAUUUUAUGAGUUCCGUGAAGCGCGUGAAGGCCCAGGUGACGAUCGAAGGGCGCGAGGAACAGCUGACGUACGUUGCCAAAGUCAAGAUGCACUUCUCGGACACUAUAAAGGAGCUUUCCAACAUGUCCUUCUUCAAAGAAUACGAAUUUUUCGCGAAGCUUUUGCCGGAACUGAACAGCGUGUUGGCGGAAGCAGGACUGGACCCUCUGCGCGUCCCCAAAUUCUACCACCACAGCAAAUCCGGGGAGCGAGAGAUCCUCAUCCUGGAGGACCUCACGGCGCGAGACUUCCUCCUGGCCGACCGCAAGAAGGGGCUCGAUAUCCCACACAUGCGACUCGUCCUGGAGGAGUUGGGGAGAUUCCACGCCUCGUCGCACCUCCUGCAGCGGAAGACGCCUCACGAGGACCUCAGCGAGAGGCACAAGUUCCUGGCCAUCGAGUGGUUCAACUACUGCGAAACGGCGCGACAGCAUACGGGGGAGUCCUUGGCCAAGGAACUAGAGACGGCGGCGGCGGUGGCUGAGAGCUGCGAAGGAUACGAGGACGUGGCUCGGUGGCUGAGGGAGAUCCAGCCCCGAGUCGUCGACAUCUUCGAGGAAAAGUCGAAGACUCGAGCGCCUUUCCAGGUGGUCUGGCACGGAGACUGCUGGACCAACAACUUCUUAUUCAGGUACAACGCCAGGGGCGAGCCAGUCGACGUCGUGAUGCUGGACCUGCAGUCUUGCGAGACGGGGACCCUCGCCACCGACCUCCAAGUGCUGAUGUACUCAAGCAUCUCCACGCAGUCCAGGAGACACAACCUCGACCUCUUUCUGCAGGAGUACCUCUCCUCCUUCAGCGCCGCCGUGUCUGCAGGAGGCCUACCCCCGCCGUUCACCCUGGAGGAGCUACGAGAGGAAUACAAUGACAAAUUCAUGAUCGGGGCCCUCAUGGGAGCCAUGUUCAUCCCUAUCAUGGUCGGGGACCCCGAGGACGCUCCCGACUACACCAAAGUUGACGAGAACAUCGAUAAGUUCUUCGACGAACGCAAGAAACAAGUUCUGGACAUGUUGAACCGGAAUCCGAUAUUAAGGGAGAGGAUGUGUGGCUUAUUCGACGAGUGUAUCGAGAAGGGCGCCGUGUCUCGGCGUUAGUGUUACGUCAACGUCUACUCUUUUAUACGCAGAUAAUUCUAUAAGGUUGAACGGAAAGAGUAUUUGAAAUACAUCUAUACUAAAGUAUUUC